UUCUUAUGUCUUCCAUGUCCCUCGCUCAAAACCCACGCCUUGUUUCCAUGCUCCAAAGAAACAAAAGAAUAUUUCCCUUUCAGGACAACCUACUGCAAACCCUGUUCAGAUUCUUCUCUCUUUCUCUCUCUUCUCUGUUCUUUCUCUCUCUUCUCUCUAUUUAAGGGAUCAGUUUUCAAUAAAUUCCCCACAAACCCAUCUCACCAAAAAAACCCAUUCCUUUUCCUGCCAUGAAUCCUCUGAGAAUUCUCCCCUUUUUAGCCAUCUCUUGCAUCUUCACUUCUCUCUUUCUCUCUCUAGGACCCAACCCAGUUCUCGCCUCCUCGAACGCUCUCUCCCUAAAACCCAGACCCAUACUCGAAGACCAGGCUUGGAAUCAAGAAAGCAGAGAGGGAGUGGACAAAAAGAUCGAAAUUUUCGAUGAGAUUAGAGAGGAAGAAAAGAGAGAAAGUGAGGAAGAAGAGAGAGAGAGGGUGAGGUUGUACUGUGAGAGCUGGAGAUUUGCAGUGGAAACCAACAAUUUGCAGUCAUGGAAGGUUGUGCCAAUUGAGUGUGGGGGGUUUGUGAAGAAAUACAUGAGUGAGAGGGGUUACAGGUCUGAUCUUGAAAUGGUUGCAGAGGUGGCAGGGGCGUUUGCGAGGAACGUGGAAUUAGGGCAAGACGGGAUGGAUGCCUGGAUAUUCGAUAUUGACGAGACAUUGCUCUCCAAUCUGGUUUAUUAUGAAGAGAAUGGCUUCGGUUUGGAGCUCUUCAAUGGCAAUAAGUUUGAUGAAUGGGUGGAUUUGGCUGAGGCUCCUGCAAUAUCUCCAUUUCUCAAGUUAUAUGAGGAGGUUUUGGAGAUGGGUUUCAAAGUGUUCUUGUUGACAGGGAGAAGUGAGAGCCAGAGGAGUACGACAAUCCACAAUUUGCAAAAUUCUGGCUUUCAAAAUUGGGAUAGGCUUAUAAUGAGGGGUGCGGCCGACCAAGGAAAAUCAGCAGUGUUUUACAAGUCAGAGAAGAGAAUGGAGAUGGAGAAAGAAGGAUUUCGGAUCCUCGGAAACUCUGGAGAUCAAUGGAGUGACCUACUAGGUUCUUCCAUGGCCAUCCGAUCUUUCAAGCUUCCAAAUCCUAUGUAUUAUAUUCCAUGACAUUUUAGUUGCCUAUCUCAACUCAUUGCAGAUAUUGAUUCAACCCAACUGUGUAUUUGCCUCGUACACAUUUCAGUAUUCUUCUGAACUUUGAUUUAUCAUUAAUGCAUUUUUUUUAGAAAAAUUUAGAAGAAGUA